UUACGUCAUUUCCACUUACAUAGGUAUAUUUAGCUUAAUCGAGGGAAACCCCACUAUGGUUGGUUACACCGUUACACCCCCAUAAGCGUUUUAUCAGCCUUGGCGGGCAGCUCAGUGCAAGGCUCCCCAAUACAUUAUUUCCCUUCAACACCAACAAAUUAUCAUGACGCGGCUACUACCUACUACAACCAUAAUUCGCUGCGAAGGAUUCCCAACAUGGUGGUCCAGCAGCACAUAUUGAAUUGGUUAUACAGCGUUUUGACGAGCGAAUACCAAGAUGUUAACCGCACAUACAACGAUGUAGCCCAAGCGCUAUCCCAAUACCCUUCACUCUCGCCCAGGACCGAUGUCCACACUUUCGACAACGGCGUGUCUGCCCUCCUCUUACACUUAUCCGGCACCAUCCCCGUCAUAUUCCGCGGCACCACCUACCGAUUCCCUAUAUCGCUAUGGAUACCCCACGCCUACCCGCGCGAGGCGCCGCUAGGCUAUGUUACGCCCACUGAGAAUAUGAUGGUGCGGCCAGGCCAGCAUGUUGAUCCUCAGGGACGCAUAUAUCAUCCUUAUCUUGUAGGAUGGGCCGAGUUCUGGGACAAAUCUACUCUGUUAGACUUUAUUGCUAUACUCAGAGACGUAUUUGCGAAAGAGCCUCCGGUUGUCUCGCGCCAGCAAGCUCCUCCCGUAUCGCAACAAUCCGUACCGGCACCGACCCCUCCACCUGUUCCUCCUCUACCCCCUGAUAUGUCAAGACAGACUCCUCAGCAGGUCCCAUCUCCACAUAUACAGGAUCCAAGGCCGCCACCGCCUCCUCCCAAAGGUAGCGACCUCCCUCAGGUAGUGUCAGGCCCGACUGCUCACACGGACGGUCCCCCACGACCCCCUCUACCAGAAGAUAUUCGUCGGCAGUCAAGUCAAUACGGCGCUCCGGUAGCAACGACGCAUUCACCGCAACCAAAUCGGCUCUCAAGAUACGAUGCGGCGCCUCCCCUACCACCUCAUCCACCACAAUCGUAUCAACAACCGCCCCCUAAUGCUCAAUACCAGCCACAGCCUCAACAGCAACAUGCAUAUCAGCAAUGCGGUCCACCUCCUCGCGGACUUACACCGCAGGAUUCUCGCCGCACAUCCAUGAUAUCCCCCGUAACUCCUAUCCCAUACAACGCCACCGUCGUCCCAGGACAGCCACCAUACGCCGGCCCACCUCAAACUUGGCAGCAACCCCCACCACAACAGCUUCAAGCGCAAUCAAAGCCUAAACCUCCUCCACCCCCGGAUCUCAUGGACGAGCCCUUCUCCCUAGCCUUACCAGAGCCCUCUGCCAAUGACCUCCCACCACCCCCUAUCCCCCCGAACCCCGAAAAAGACGCCCUCCUCCAACAACUCGCCUCGACUCUCUACGGUCUACGCCAGCGUGCCCGCGUCCAAAACGAGUCCUCUCUAGCCGGCCUCUCCGCCCAACGCGCCGCUAUGCUCUCCGCGCUGCAAAACCUACAAUCCGACGCCUUGGCCCUAGGCCCCCUAUCGGCAAUGCUAGCGUCCAACACCUCGAUUUUGCAGCACUCGCUCCAAGAAGCAGACCGCGUGGUAUCCAACGCGCGCACCCGCGAACCCCCGCCUAUCGACGACUUAUUAGUCGCACCCACCGUCGUCGCAAACCAGUUGUAUGACGUAGUAGCCGAGGAGCGCGCUCUCGGCGACGCGAUAUUCGUACUGGGACGCGCCGUUGAGCGCGGCCGUAUAAGUCCUGCUGUUUUCGCCCGGACGACGCGCGGGUUAGCGCGGGAGUGGUUUUUGAAAAAGGCGCUUGCGAGGAAGAUUGGGAGAGGGAUGGGACUUGUCGGGUAAGUUGGGUAAGUUGGGUAGAUACCUAAGGGUUUUGGUACGAAGAUAUGAAGGUUAUGGGUAUGGAUAAGGUAGUUUGGUGUAAAGAAGUCGAUGGGCCUAUAAUUAACUACCUAGUUUGAUGUUUGGGCUUAGUAAGGUUAAGAUGCGAAUAAGAGAUAAUGAAGUUUCGGCUGUUAAUAUAGGGUGGUUUCAAGAUACCUCGAGUCUAUUCAAGUUCGUGUUGCUAGAUGUGGUUAUGUUGCGUCCGCAUACCCCUUUAUAUAGGUACCUACCUAUAUUGGAAGGUAUAUGACAAGUAACUACCGCGGAAACCAUAACGAUAUCAACUAGAAAAGAGUAACUAAAUAGAAUGUACCUAUGUAUUUCUCGUAGCGCAUACCCGGAUAACCCCUUCUUUCAUUGGCUAAAGAAUGUCUUCUGUAUCUUAGGUGUUCUAUUACGUCCUCUCCUCCGUGGUCCUCAAGCUAGUUCGAUAAUGGCCGACCACGGGGGUAUCCAAUACUCGAUAAGACAGCUCUCUGUGCUACUCAUAGUCGUCUUCCCCUGUUUCCUUCGUUUCUCAAAAAGU